GGAAACAGAUUCUUCUUGAUUAUCCCCUACUGUUACUAGAGAGAAAAAUGUCUUCAGAUAACCAGUGGUCAGCAGAUGAAGACAAAGGCCAGUUAUCCCGAAUGAUCAGGAAAUCUAGAGAUUCCCCCUUUGUCCCUGCAGGGGUAGCAGGCUUUACGACUGUGGAGUCCUAUGGUCUUUACAAGUUAAAAUACAGAAGAGAUCAGAAAAUGUCCAUUCAUCUUAUUCACAUGAGAGUUGCUGCCCAAGGAUUUGUUGUAAGAGCUGUGACUCUAGGUGUUCUCUAUUCCAUGUAUAAGGAUUACAUUAGACCUUGAUCCUUCAAUGUGUCCAAAAAAUGAACCUUCAGACAAGAAAAACAAAAAGCCUUCUGAAAACUUUAUUAUGAAGAAUUUUUAAUAUGUAGCAAAUUAUACUGCAGAAGUUUCAGCCGGAAUUCUCAUCAACUUCAGCUGUUUAAGAAAGUUGAUUUCAAAAUCAACAAUCAUAGUCAGCUCAAAAAUAUCUUUCUUGUUGUCUUUCAAAGGCUAGGCCAUGAUUUUCUGACUUUUAAAAUUUUUAUUUUCUAGUUAGUGGCAGAAAAUAAUCUAUAUUAUGCCAAGUCAAUCUGAAAAUUAGGAGUUAUAUAGUGGCUACAGAAAAAUUUUCUCUAUCCAUAUUAAAUAUGAUGCUCUAUUCAUAGCUUAAUUCUCCACAAACAGGGCAAGGUAAUUAAGGCUUUCAUAAACUCCUUUCUAGAAUGGGCAAAAAUUACAUCAGAGGAGAAUGGCCAUGUUGUUAUUUAAAUCUGGUUCACCACUGUGC